AAAGCGGCGAUAUGGCCGGCCCGGACAAUUUGUACUCCCUGACAACAAUAAAUCAAAGCGAGGAAAUGCGGCAGUGAUCAAAUUCUUUCUCUUUUAUCCAUAAUUAAUAUGUCCAACAAGAAGGUUGCCCCCAAGGUCGUUGAGAAGGUCACUCUCGGUCCCCAAGUUCGUGAAGGUGAGCUCGUUUUCGGUGUUGCUCACAUCUUUGCCUCUUUCAACGAUACCUUUGUUCACAUCACUGAUCUUUCUGGUCGUGAAACUAUCUCUCGUGUUACUGGUGGUAUGCAAGUUAAGGCUGAUCGUGAUGAGUCUUCUCCUUAUGCUGCUAUGUUGGCCGCUCAACAAGUUUCUCAAAAGUGUAAGGAUCUCGGUAUCAAUGCUCUCCACAUUAAGCUCAGAGCUACUGGUGGUACUGGUACCAAGACUCCCGGUCCCGGUGGACAAGCUGCCCUCCGUGCUCUUGCCCGUGCUGGUAUGAGAAUUGGCCGUAUUGAAGAUGUUACUCCCAUCCCUACCGAUUCUACCCGUAGAAAGGGUGGUCGUCGUGGUCGUCGUCUCUAAGCGCCAUGGCUUUCUUCAAUCAUGCAUUCCUUUUUUUUUUCAGUUUCAAUUUUAUCUAAAUAAAUAAUAUCAUUGCUACUGUA